CAAAAAAAACACCGAGAAACUAUAAGAAACCCAAAAAGAAAGGAAGUUUCUGACUUUUCGACUCCAAUCCACUUUACGUCUAAGCUGGGUCCCCCCUUAAACUCUCGGAAUUUUCUUUCGUAAAGAUCGACAAAUUAAAUAAAAUUUCUUCAUUGAUCGUCGAUCAAUCUUUUUGAGUUUUGAGGGGAUCCCGAUCCAAUAUGUGGGGAGGUGCAGCUGAGCCAGCAGAUUCUUACUACCAAGUCCGUCCCGAGUGCACCGAAGAUGUACCCAAAACCAAAUUCAAAAUCAAGCCUGGUAAAACUCUAAGUGUAAGAAAAUGGCAGGCUGCAUUUGUCCAGGAAGGGUCUCUCGAUAUUGGCAAGACUCUAAGACGAAUCCGAAGAGGGGGAAUCCAUCCAUCAAUUAGAGGCGAAGUUUGGGAAUUCCUACUUGGCUGUUAUGAUCCAAUGAGCACAUUCGAGGAAAGAGAGCAAAUCCGACAACGCAGAAGAUUGCAGUAUGCUUCGUGGAAGCAGGAGUGUAAGCAAAUGUUUCCUGUUAUUGGAAGUGGAAGGUUUAUUACCGCGCCUGUAGUUUCUGAUAAUGGUCAACCCAACCUUGAUCCCCUUGUACUUCAAGAAAUAAAUUUAAGUACAAACUCACAUGGCUCAGAUUUCUUCAAAGAGCUCACAAGUCGUGGACCUCUUGACAAGAAAGUUAUUCAAUGGCUGCUAUCACUUCACCAGAUAGGUCUUGAUGUGAACCGUACAGACAGGAGCUUGGUAUUCUAUGAGAAGAAAGAGAAUUUGUCAAAGCUCUGGGAUAUUCUGUCUGUUUACGCCUGGAUAGACAAAGAUGUCGGUUAUUGCCAAGGAAUGAGUGAGCUUUGUUCCCCAAUGAUCAUUCUUCUUGAAAACGAAGCUGAUUCCUUUUGGUGUUUUGAGCGGCUUAUGCGUCGAUUGCGAGGAAAUUUCCGCUGCACCGGGAGAUCUGUUGGAGUUGAAGCUCAACUUACUCAUUUGUCUUCAAUUACAAAGACUAUUGACCCCAAACUCCACCAACAUUUAGGUACUAAUACUACUACUACAGCUUCUUUGUCUCUCUCUCUCUCUCUCUCUCUCUCUCUCUCUCUCUCUCUGUAUAUAUAUAUAUAUAUCUAUAUAAAUAUAUUCAUCAAUUCAUGGAGAUCGAUAUCUUCAAAUGCAGAUAAACUAGGUGGAGGUGACUAUCUCUUUGCGAUUCGGAUGCUAAUGGUUCAAUUCCGGAGAGAAUUCUCGUUUUGUGACUCUUUGUACCUUUGGGAGAUGAUGUGGGCUCUCGAGUACGACCCCAAUCUGUUCUACGUAUAUGAGGCGCAUCAAUGGGGGAGUGAGAAAACCGAAGGGUCCAAAGGUAAACCGAAGUCAAUUAGCCAAUGUGGAAAAUAUGAGAGGCAAAACAUGAGGAAUGGAGGGAAAAGCGCAGAAGGUCCUUUGCCUAUAUCGGUUUUCCUAGUGGCUAGUGUCUUGAAAGACAAGAGUUCUAAGCUUAUGACUGAAGCUCGUGGUCUCGACGACGUUGUUAAGAUACUUAACGACAUGACUGGAAACUUGGAUGCUAAGAAAACAUGUUCUGGAGCCAUAAAAAUUCACAAGAAAUAUCUAAGAAAGGCUAAGAAAUAGCAUCGGCGAACAUUCAGUCCAAUCAUGAGAAGCUUUUCUAUUUUUUUUCAUUUGCUAUUUCGACAGUUUGACACAAACAGAUCUGGCGAGAGAAACCGACGGAUCACAUUCUUCUAUCGUCAUUUCCAACGAUUCCUUGUGUGGAAAGUCAUCUGGAAGAAUCUUGGAGCCUUGAGUCACUUACUAACAUAUACACACAACAGAAAUAAAAAAAACAUAAUUUGUAAACUGUUCAUAAAAGUUGAUGUUGCAUAGAUAUAUAUGAACAAACAUGAUAUGUUUUUUUUUAAUAUACCAAAAGGGAAAAAAAAAGAAGGAAAGAUAUUGUUUAUAUACUCACAAUGCUCAUUUUCUGUUCUACAAAGACAAAAUAUUUGAAAUUUGGAG